AUAAUUACAUACUCUGUUUUAUUUACCUUUUUUAUUUUAUUAUAAAAUAUUAUUUUAAAAUAAUCUUACUAUCAUGUAGUGAUUAUUUGCUCUAUGCUUGGGAAUAAAUUGUUUUUUUACAAAUCUAAUUUACCUGUUAGUUAUCUUUUUCGCCUAAGACUGUUCACUGACCAAAACUUAUUUUGGAAUUCACUGCUCAUACUUUUGCUAUGCCGAAUAAAGAAGCAAAUCGAGCAUCAGCUCCUGAAAAUAAACAGCCAGUUGCUGCACAGACUACUGUUGCUGCUAAGAACCCUGGUCCUUUAUGUAAGACUGUUGGUGGAAAGACAAUAGCAAAAGAAAGCCCAAUGUCUCCCACACCCCCCGCCGCACCUGCCCCUGACACAGAACGGACGGAGCUCCUGGGGUCUCUAACAACACAGCAGCAGCAACGCACGAGUGCUAGAGUCAUCAAGAAGCUGAGACUCGAGCCACCUGCAGAUAGGGAGAAGAAAGGGAAACGUCCUGAUGGACAGUCCGACGAUAUACAAGAAUGCGAUACGCCAAACAAGAUCGACGACAAAGAACCUCUGAAGUUUCCAACAGUGAAACAGCGGAUGCCCAAAGCUCUAUGGUCUACUGACGAGAAGAACCUCUUCUUCGAAGCCCUCAACGAGUACGGAAAGGACUUCGACGCGAUCACAGCGUACAUAUGUGCCAAGAUGAAGAAAAAAGGCAUGUCGGAGAAUCUGAAGACGAAGACUCAAGUCAGUCACUUCUAUUACCGAACGUGGCAUAAGUUAUCCAAGCACGUGCAUUUUGAUGAAAAUGUGAAAAAAGUGGCACAAGAGUUAUACGCGCUGAUCAACUACGGCGAACUCCGCAAGAAGCUGGUGUCUGUGAGCGAGAAGACGUGCGCGCGGCUCGGCGAGAUGGUGCGCACUGGCAGCCUCGCGCUGCGCGUUCGUGGCCGCACGCUGCGCGUGCGCACGCCCAUGUGCCGCGCCCUGCGCCGCCUCAACCAGAUCAACGAGCGCGCGUGCGGGGCGCGCGUGUGCCCGCGCGUGGCGGCGGCGCUGCGCGCGCGCGACGCGGCGGCGUGGGCGCGCGUGCAGGCGGCCGCGCACAACCCGCGCGCCGCGCUCGCCGCGCCGCCGCGCGCGCCGCUGCACGCGCUCUUGCGCGCGCUCGCCCGCCGCUGGACGCCGCACUCAUUUUACAAGACCACCGAAGAGAUAGACCCAAAGUGCCCGGAGUACAUACAAAUUAAAGACGAGGAGGUUUGCUCAGAAUUGCGACACACGUGCACGGACGAUGACGAUCGCGAGGAUUUAGGGGAUCAUCUCAAUCUGGAACUGGACAGAAUGAUAGUGCAAGAACAAAAGUUACCGAAAAAGCCAGUUUUACACGUGGGUCCGAGGCCCGACGCUGAGAUCCAUUUACCAGUGCUGAGUCCCAGUGAACAGCUGUCCAGCCAGAAGAUUUGUUUCUCGUCAUACUUGGAACGGAUGUGCAAGCAGCGACGCGAUAAUGACGGUGAUGCUAAACUGAGAACGUCUAAACGACAAAGGAAAGAUAGUGCCACAGAUAAAGAAAUAGAUGUAAAGAAGAUAAAAAUUGAAGAGGAUCCAAAUAAACUAAUGCAUAUCGAUGAAACUGCUAUCGACGGAAUAGAUCUAAUGGCAAGUUAUAAGAAUAUACAGGAAGACGAAGAGAAACCGAGCACAGAAGAUGAGAAGGAACCCAAAUCGGAGGAGACAGUAGAAGAAGAAGUGGAAGGUAGUGGAGAGUUGCCAGAGAAAGACAAGUAUAUGUCUGAGAAAGAGAAAGAUAGUUUUUCUGAAAUGGAAGAUGAUGAAAAAUACAAUAAAAGCGAUACAGACAAUGAGAGUGAUCAAGGGAAGAGUGAGAAGAGUAGGAAAGAGCAGAAAUUUAAAAAUUUGAAGGUAAAAUUUCGAAUACGACCAAAGAAGCGCGGUGGUAGCAUUUACACCCUGGUGAUGGAUAAAGAGGACCAAGACCCAACUUCUUCAAAGGAUGAAGAACAAAAACCAGAUAUUGACGUGGACACGGCAAUACGCCAGAUCAGGAAGGGCUGGAGCAUGUACGACGCUGGAGAUCUUACCAUCGGAGACUUGUAUUUAAUGUUCGGUUCCCGCUCAAAACUCGAACUAGACUACUGGUGGGCAGAGCCCACUCCCCCCUUGCCGCAGCCCCUACACAAAUCAAAGUCUGAUCCGAUUCCCCCAGCGAGUGAAAAGGACAAAUGUAAAGCUGAGAAAAUUUCGGAUAAAGGCACAGAUAGCUCAGUGGAGGAUGAGCGAGACAGAGCGAGGGAAAGUGACAACGAUAUAUUCUCACCGAAGAACACAUUCAGUCAGGACAGCAACGACGGCAUGUCUGGUGAUGAAAGGAAAAGUGAACAGCUAGCAUCACCAGACCACAAGUCAUCGAGCGGAUGCAGUGGCACCCUCAAGCUGGUCAGCAAGCUGAUCAAUCGUCCACUCCCAGCGCAAACGGCGCAAACGCAGUCCAACAAUGGUUUCUCGCAACUUAGCGACAGACUGAAGCGGCUGCUAGCGUUAGCUGGCAACUCGCUGGUGAGUGCGGCGACGGCGGCGCCAGGAAGCGGCGCAUCGGCUGCGUGCGGCGCUCGAUGCACUUGUGCUCUCGGCUGUGCGUUGCACCGGCGGCAGAAGCAACAACCGUGGCCACCAUCUUCUCGUCUGGAAGAAACCAGUCCCAGCUCUGCCGUAUUCAGGCAUCCGACACCAAUAGCGCCUAGAGCGGAUAAGGAGAUGUCGAUGUCCUCACUGAACCUGGAGGGUGUGCCGCGCUGGAGACGAGGUCGACCGCGGCUUGCUGACCGCCGCGUGGUUGUGCAACGACUACUGCCACUGCUGCCCAAGUUACCACCGCCCAGCAACUUGAUACCAGUAAAAAUAGUGCCAAACUCACCACCGGCGCCACCUCGUAUACUACCGAAGCCACCACCAACUUCCACGUCUGAUUUGUCAUUCUUUUACGUGCUGAGCGAGUCGAAUGGUCAAUUCUACUUCCACGACGGUGACCGUCGCAUACCCAUUACGCCGAUGCAGGGGAACGGCGCUGAUCAACACGCGGACGAUGAUGAAGAUACGAAAGAUGAACCGGAUUCGAAGGACAGCAAAACGGACCUAACUAUAGAGAAGCAUCCGGUGUUGUCACCCAAGGAGUCCUCUAAGGACAGUGGCGAGCCUCCAGUCACGGCCAAGUGUGAGAGCUCUGAUUUAGGACAAUUCUUGCCAUCGGAGUCCCUGUCGCUGUCUCCCUCCAGACUACUCCGUGACGCGGACGGCUGGCUCGAAGGUUCCGUACAAGAUUUCUCCCUUAGCAGUUUCCUUGGACAUUUAGAGGGAAGACCACAGCCUGAUCUUGCUGUGGACUCCCAGUUGCAGUCAUUAAUGGCAGAAUCGAGCGUGGACUACGUGGCCAAGUUUGCGGACCUAGCGGCCGAAGUCACCGAUGAUCCGAUCACGUCUGAUGAUAUGACGUAAAUCAUAUAUAUAUAUAUAUAUAUAUAUAUAUAUAUAUAUAU